CUCAAAUACCGGCAGAAACAUAGCGGGCAGUUGGGGACUCACGUCCCUCUCACAUCCGAAUUAACGGCUAAUUACGGUGUCGUUCAGUAGCCAAGCUAACGUUACCCUUGGAUGCGCGGCAGCUUCUCUUUUUUUCUCCGUUUCCCUCAAUUAAUAAAUAGUCUCAUUCUUACGUGAGUCUUUUUAUCCUCCGCCGGGCGGUUUCGUAUGAACCGUGUCGAGGCAGCGACGAGGGGUCGGGGGCUCCGCCAGAAGAGCCGGGUUUCAGGAUGAAGAUGCCCAGAGGAGGACGCCUGUUCCUGGCGACGUGCCUCUGCUCGCUCUUCGUACUCGUGCUUUACUUCCAGAGCAUCACCAAGCCAGAGCCUGGUGAGAAGAGCGACAGCAGACCAGGGAAAAGCAGGAGGAAUCCACUGCAGAGCCUCUACAAUGGAGACCAGCAGUUGGAGCUGCUGGCAGCUCAAAGGUCCCUGUCAGGCCGCAGGGAGCUGUUGGAGCAGGAGUGUCUGAGCCACACCAGGAAGCGGCGGGUGCUUUCACCAGAGGAUCUCAAACACCUCAUUGUGGAUGAUAAACACAGCCUUAUUUACUGCUACGUACCCAAGGUCGCCUGCACCAACUGGAAGCGUGUCCUCAUGGUCCUGACCAGCAAUGGCCGCUACACCGACCCCCUCUCCAUCCCUGCCAACGAGGCCCACGUGGCGGGCAACCUGCGCACACUGUCCGAAUUCUCAGUCCAAGAGAUCAACCAACGCCUCCGCAGCUACCUCAAGUUCAUCUUCGUGCGGGAGCCCUUCGAGCGACUGGUGUCGGCCUAUCGGAACAAGUUCACACGCAGCUACAACACCGCCUUCCACAAGCGCUACGGCACCAAGAUCAUCCGCCGGUACCGGGCCGACCCGGCGCGCGAGGCUCUGGAGCAAGGCAGCGACGUCUCCUUCCAGGAGUUCGUCCAGUAUCUUGUGGACCCUCGGACCCAACGGGAGGAACCUUUCAAUGAGCACUGGGAGCGGGUGCACACUCUCUGCCACCCAUGCCUGAUCCACUACGACGUGGUGGGGAAGUACGAGACUCUGGAGCCGGACGCGCAGGCUGUGCUCCAAUUAGCCGGAGUGGACGGGACGCUUCAGUUUCCCACGUCCGGUAAAAGCACCAGAACUGACGGCAACAUGGCAGCACGCUUCUUUAAACACAUCAGUCCUUUCUACCAGAAGAAACUCUUCAACCUGUACCGGAUGGACUUCCUGCUCUUUAACUACUCCACACCAGAGUAUCUCAGGACUUGACGAGCGGCUGGAGAAACAGAGGGUUGACAUCAUCACCCGCGGAUCGACCGGGCCAAUCACACAAGCUAUAGGAAAGCUCUUCACGGUCGUCCACGUUUGAUUGGGAGAACGCGCAGCAGUACGUUUGCACUUUUUCCGUCGCCAUGGAUUUUUCGUUCCUGUGUGCAAGCUCAGACAUAUCGCCACGACUACAACUAAAAACAAAAACAACUGGUGUGAACAGAAGUUACUGAAAUGGAACCAAAUCUCUUCCUGAGAAAGAUGGCAGUGAAAGAGUGUCACUCUCCCAUGAAAAGUCUAGACACUUUCACAUUCACUCGCUUCAUUAACAAUUCAGUAUUUAUUAUUUUUACUCACCUGGUUUCACUUCCUCUCUGAGAACUUUGUCAGAGCAAAUCUUUCACUCCCUCACUUUUUUUUG